AUGAACAGCACUGAUUAUGAAUCUCAAAGGACAAAUACUACUCCAUUAAUUGUUACACCGUUUCAGAUCUUUUGCUUCCAAAAUAGAAGCAACGCAAUGAAGUUAAAUCCUCAUUUGAAGGGUACAGCAAUUACAUCAUUAUUGGCCAAAAUGUGGCGUUCUCUUGAUAUAGUAGAAAAGCAACGCUUCGAAGAAUGGAGUAGGGCAAUUAGAACUCAACAUUCGGACAAUUUCGAUUCUCAAAAAGCACCACUUUACCGAAGUCCUGAGCCAAAGCGCCCGAAACUUCAAAUAGUAGAAACAUACACCCCAUUGGAAUCCUUAGAAUUACCUUACCCUCCGAAAAUUUUUAUCAGAUCAUCAUCAAACUUUGGUCAACUUGUAUCGCAAAUAUCAAAGGAUACUGUUGUAUAG